AUGAGUGAUGCUGAGAUGGAAAUAUUCGGGGUGGCGGCCCCAUACCUCCGCAAGCCGGAGCGGGAGAGGAUCGCGGCCCAAAACAAGCCUUUCGAUGCCAAGACAGCUGUGUACGUGGCUGACCCCAGGCAGGAGUACGUGAAAGGAAAAAUCAAGACUCAGGAUGGCAGCAAGAUUACCGUGGAGACUGAGGAAGGAAAGGUUGUCACAGUGCUCCAGGAUGACAUCCGCCCCAUGAACCCCCCUAAGUUUGACAAGAUCGAGGACAUGGCCAUGCUGACCCAUCUCCACGAACCAGCCGUGCUGUUCAACCUCAAGGAGCGCUACGCCGCCUGGAUGAUCUACACCUACUCUGGGCUGUUCUGUGUGACGGUCAACCCCUACAAGUGGCUUCCAGUCUACAACCCAGAGGUGGUGGCUGGCUACCGGGGGAAGAAACGUCAGGAGGUUCCUCCCCACAUCUUCUCCAUCUCUGAUAACGCCUACCAGUACAUGCUCACAGAUCGUGAGAACCAGUCCAUCCUGAUCACUGGAGAAUCUGGUGCCGGGAAGACCGUCAACACAAAGCGGGUUAUCCAGUAUUUUGCAACAAUUGCAUCCAUUGGAGACCUAAGCAAGAAGGAGCAACUUGGCAGCAGAAUGCAGGGGACCCUGGAGGAUCAAAUCAUCCAGGCCAACCCUCUGCUGGAGGCCUUCGGGAACGCCAAGACUGUGAGGAAUGACAACUCCUCUCGAUUUGGAAAAUUCAUCCGCAUCCACUUUGGAACAAAGGGGAAGCUGGCAUCAGCUGACAUUGAGACCUACCUUCUGGAAAAAUCCAGGGUGACCUUUCAGCUGCCUGCAGAGAGGAGCUAUCACAUCUUCUAUCAGAUCUUGUCAAACAAGAAGCCUGAUUUAAUUGAGAUGCUGCUUAUAACCACCAAUCCAUAUGACUACCCUUUCAUCAGCCAGGGUGAAAUCACUGUGCUGAGCAUCAAUGACACAGAGGAGCUGAUGGCCACAGAUAAUGCCAUUGAUAUCCUGGGCUUUAAUACAGAGGAAAAGUUGGGCAUCUACAAGCUGACCGGCGCUGUGAUGCAUAACGGGAACAUGAAAUUCAAGCAGAAGCAGCGGGAGGAGCAGGCGGAGCCCGAUGGCACUGAGGUUGCAGACAAAGUCGCCUACCUCAUGGGCCUAAACUCUGCUGAUUUGCUGAAAGCACUGUGCUACCCCAGAGUGAAGGUUGGGAACGAGUACGUCACCAAAGGGCAGACCGUCCAACAGGUGAAUAACUCCAUGGGUGCUCUGUCCAAGGCGGUGUACGAGAAGCUGUUCCUGUGGAUGGUCACGCGCAUCAACCAGCAGCUCGACACCAAACUGCCCAGACAGCACUUUAUCGGUGUUCUGGAUAUUGCCGGGUUUGAGAUUUUUGAGAUGAACAGCCUGGAGCAGCUCUGCAUCAACUUCACCAACGAGAAACUGCAACAGUUUUUCAACCACCACAUGUUUGUGCUGGAGCAAGAAGAGUACAAGAAGGAAGGGAUCGAGUGGGAGUUCAUUGACUUUGGCAUGGACCUGGCAGCCUGCAUCGAGCUCAUUGAGAAGCCGAUGGGUAUUUUCUCCAUCCUUGAAGAGGAGUGCAUGUUUCCGAAGGCGACAGACACCUCCUUCAAGAACAAACUAUACGACCAGCACCUCGGGAAGAACAGCAACUUCCAGAAGCCGAAACCCUCCAAAGGCAAGGCCGAGGCCCACUUCACCUUGGUGCACUACGCCGGCACCGUGGACUACAACAUCAGCGGCUGGCUGGAAAAGAACAAGGACCCGCUGAACGACACGGUGGUGCAGCUCUACCAGAAAGCUGGCCUGAAGCUGCUGGGCCAGCUUUUUGCCACCUACGCCUCUGCUGAUGGUCAGUCCAUUCUGCAACGUUCUGAUGGAAGUAAGAAAAUGUCCAAGAAAAAGGGGUCCUCUUUCCAGACGGUUUCUGCACUUUUCAGGGAAAACCUCAACAAGCUUAUGGCCAACCUUCGAUCCACACAUCCGCACUUUGUACGAUGCAUUAUCCCCAAUGAGACCAAGACGCCAGGGUCCAUGGAUCACCAUCUUGUUCUGCACCAGUUGCGCUGUAACGGCGUGCUGGAGGGCAUCAGGAUUUGCAGGAAAGGUUUCCCCAGCAGGAUUCUCUACGGAGACUUCAGGCAGAGAUACAGGAUUCUGAAUGCCAGUGCAAUCCCGGAAGGGCAGUUUAUUGACAGCAAAAAAGCCUCAGAGAAACUGCUCUCCUCCAUUGAUGUGGACCACGCUCAGUAUAAGUUUGGAUACACAAAGGUGUUCUUCAAAGCCGGGCUUCUGGGUCUUCUGGAGGAGAUGAGGGAUGAGCGCCUGGCGGUGCUGAUGACUCGCAUCCAGGCCGUAUCCAGAGGCUACGUCACCCGGCUGAGGUUCAAGGAGAUGUCAAAGAAAAGGGAAUCCAUUUUCAUCAUCCAGUACAACAUCCGUUCAUUCAUGAAUGUGAAGAACUGGCCUUGGAUGAGACUCUUCUUCAAGAUCAAGCCGCUGUUGCGAAGUGCGGAGGCUGAGAAGGAGAUGCAGACCAUGAAGGAGGAGUUUGCAAGACUGAAGGAAGAGUUUGCAAAGUCUGAAGCCAGGAGGAAGGAGCUGGAGGAGAAAAUGGUCGUUCUUGUUCAAGAGAAAAACGACCUUUAUCUUCAAAUCCAAGCCGAGAGAGAGAACCUGUGUGACGCCGAGGAGAGGUGUGAAGGCCUGAUCAAGAGCAAGAUACACCUCGAGGCCAAAGUCAAAGAGUUCUCUGAGAGGAUCGAGGAAGAGGAGGAGAUCAAUGCGGAAAUCACCGCUAAGAAGAGGAAGCUGGAGGACGAGUGCUCCGAGCUCAAACGGGAUAUAGACGACCUCGAGCUGACGAUUGCCAAGGUGGAGAAGGAGAAAUACGCCACAGAAAAUAAAGUGAAGAAUUUGAUCGAGGAGUUAACCAAUCUCGAGGAAAAUCUAAUGAAGUCCUCCAAGGAGAUAAAAGCUUUGCAAGAGGUGCAUCAGCAGACCUUGGAUGACCUCCAGGCAGAAGAGGACAAAGUCAACUCUCUGACAAAGACGAAGAUCAAGCUGGAGCAGCAGGUCGACGACCUCGAGGGCUCGCUGGAGCAGGAGAAGAAGGUGCGUGCCGAUUUAGAGAGAUCCAAGAGGAAGCUUGAGGGGGAUCUCAAGCUGUCCCAAGAGACCAUCAUGGACCUGGAAAAUGAGAGACAACAAAUGGAAGAGAGACUGAAAAAAAAGGACUUUGACCUCUGCAACCUGCAGAGUAAAAUUGAUGAUGAGCAAGCAAUCAGCACGCAACUUCAAAAGAAAAUAAAGGAGCUUCAGGCUCGCAUUGAGGAGCUGGAGGAGGAAAUUGAGGCUGAGCGCUCUGCCCGGGCCAAAGUGGAGAAGCAGAGGUCUGAUCUCUCCAGGGAGCUGGACGAGAUCAGCGAGAGGCUGGAGGAGGCCGGAGGAGCCACCGCCGCUCAGGUCGAGAUGAACAAGAAGCGCGAAGCUGAGUUCCACAGGCUUCGCCGCGAUCUGGAGGAGUCCACCCUGCAGCACGAGUCCACCGCCGCCGCGCUGCGCAAGAAACAGGCGGACAGCGUCGCCGAACUGAGCGAACAAAUAGAAAACCUGCAAAGAGUCAAGCAGAAACUGGAGAAAGAGAAGAGUGAAUUAAAGAUGGAGAUCGAUGACAUGGCCAGUCAUGUGGAGAGUGUCCUGAAAAGCAAGGCUAAUCUGGAGAAACUGUGCAGGAGCCUUGAGGAUCAGUGCAACGAGUACAAGGCCAAGGUGGAUGAAUCUCAGAAGUCCCUGAGUGACUAUACCGCACUAAGUGCUCGCCUGCAAACAGAAAAUGGUGAACUGUCACGACACCUGGAGGAGAAAGAGGCCGCUCUCUCCCAGCUGAACAGAGUGAAAUCUGUGGGGAGUCAACAAAUUGAAGAGCUGAAGAGACUUUUGGAUGAAGAAAUUAAGGCGAAGAACGCCCUGGCUCAUAGUUUACAGUCGGCUCGUCAUGACUGUGACUUGUUGAGAGAGCAGUACGAGGAGGAGCAGGAGGCCAAAGCUGAGCUGCAGCGUUGCAUGUCCAAAGCCAACAGCGAGGUGGCUCAGUGGAGGACCAAGUACGAGACCGAUGCCAUCCAGCGCACCGAGGAGCUCGAGGAGGCCAAGAAGCGGCUGGCCCAGCGGCUGCAGGAAUCGGAGGAGAUGACGGAGGCAGGAAACGCCAAAUGUGCAUCGCUGGAAAAAACCAAGCAGCGGCUGCAGGCGGAGGUGGAGGACCUCAUGGUGGAGCUGGAACGGUCAAACGCGGCCAAUGCAACCCUGGACAAGAAACAGAGGAACUUUGACAAGGUUCUUGCUGAAUGGAAGCAGAAGUAUGAGGAGGGUCAGGCUGAUCUGGAAAUCUCUCAGAGAGAGUCCCGGGCACUGAGCACAGAGCUCUUCAAGCUGAAAAAUUCUUAUGAAGAGGCUCUGGAUCACCUGGAGAACAUGAAAAGGGAGAACAAGAAUCUUCAGCAGGAAAUAACAGAUAUUAGUGAGCAACUGGGACAAUCUGCAAAAACAAUCCAUGAACUAGAGAAAGCUGCAAAGCAAGCCGAGCAGGACAAGAGGGACACGCAGGCGGCUCUCGAGGAAGCUGAGUCUUCCCUGGAACACGAAGAGGCCAAAAUGCUGCACCUGCAACUGGAGCUGAACCAGAUCAAGUCGGAGGUGGACAGAAAGGUGGCCGAGAAAGACGAGGAGAUCGACCAGCUCAAGAGGAACCACCAGAGAACCGUGGACACGCUGCAGAGCACGCUGGACGCCGAGACCCGCAGCCGCAACGACGCCAUCCGGGUCAAGAAGAAGAUGGAGGGGGACAUGAACGAGAUGGAGAUCCAGCUGGGCCACGCCAACCGGCAGGCGGCCGAGGCCACCAAGCAGCUGAGAAACGUGCAGUGUCAACUAAAGGACAUCCAGGUCCAUUUGGAUGAAGCCCUCCACAAUCAGGAGGACUUAAAGGAGCAGCUGGCUAUCGUCGAGCGCCGCAACAAUCUGCUGCUGGCUGAGAUCGAGGAGAUGCGGGCGGCGCUGGAGCAAUCCGAGAGGAGCCGCAAGCUUUCCGAGCAAGAGCUGGUAGACGUCAGCGAGAGGAUCCAGCUGCUGCACUCUCAGAAUGCCAGCCUGAUCAGCUCUAAAAAGAAGAUGGAGGCUGAUCUAACUCAGCUGCAGACAGAGAUGGAGGACACAGUCCAGGAGGCGAGGAAUGCGGACGAGAAAGCCAAAAAAGCGAUCAUGGAUGCCGCCAUGAUGGCCGAGGAGCUGAAGAAGGAGCAGGACACCAGCGCUCACGUGGAGAGGAUGAAGAAAAACCUGGAGGCCACAGUGAAGGACCUGCAGCAGCGGCUGGAUGAAGCCGAGCAGAUCGCCCUGAAAGGCGGAAAGAAAGAGCUCCAGAAACUAGAAGCCAGGGUCCGUGAGCUGGAAAGUGAAUUGGAGACAGAACAGAAACGAAGCGGCGAGGCCAUGAAAGGUGUCCGGAAAUAUGAGAGAAAAAUUAAAGAGCUCACCUAUCAGGGGGAGGAAGAAAAGAAGAAUGUGGCUCGACUGCAGGAUUUGGUCAACAAACUGCAGCUGAAGGUGAAAGCGUACAAGCGACAGUGUGAGGAGGCGGAGGAACAAACCAGCAUCCAUCUGGCUAAAUUUCGGAAGGUGCAACACGAGCUCGAGGAGGCCGAGGAGCGAGCCGAUAUCGCGGAAUCUCAAGUGAAUAAAUUACGGGCGAAGAGUCGUGACGUCGGUGGCAAAGGGGAGUAAAACCGUGUGUUGCAGUCUGCUGUUCUUAUCACAGAGACAAAUAUUUGAUAAUACACAAAUGCCAAUGAUUCUUCCAGUUUCAAAAAUGUCAUUUAAUCAGGAGAUGCCACUGGUGAUGUAGUAAUAAUGACUGAUAUUGUAGGUUAUUAUGUUAUUAGCUCAUUAAAUGUUACACCCCUUACAAAGUGCUACUCAUCCGUUAAUACAGUAUAAUAAUGUGCAGUUACUGUAUUAUCUUUUUUGUUCUAUUUUCAUCUCAC